AUGGGCAGGGAAAAUAUUGUCCGGGAAGAGCUGGGCAUCCUUCAUGGGAUGCCCAUCUACAAGUCAUUCAUCAAGGUCUGGCCACAAGUGGAGGCUUUCCAAGCCCGGCCUGAUGACCUGCUCAUCUGCACCUACCCCAAAUCGGGUGCUACGUGGCUCAGCGAGAUCUUGGACAAUGGCAACGUGGAGAAAUGCAAGCGGGAUGCCAUCUUCAACCGGGUGCCUUUCCUGGAGAUGAACAUGCCUGGUAUGCCAAAUGGCAUCGAGCUGCUGGCCAAGAUACCCUCACCACGCCUGGUGAAGACCCACCUCCCCGUCCAGCUGCUCCCCAACUCCUUCUGGGAGCAGGACUGCAAGGUGAUCUAUGUUGCCCGCAACCCCAAGGAUGUGGCUGUCUCCUCCUACUACUUUUACCAGACAAAGAUGUACCUCAACCCUUGCACAAUGGAGGAGUUUCUGCAGAACUUCAUGGCUGGGAAAGUGGCCUACGGGUCCUGGUACAGGCACGUAAAAGACUGGUGGGAGAAGAGGAAGGAGAAGAGGCUCCUCUAUCUCUUCUACGAGGACAUGAAGCAGGACCCCCGUUGCGAAGUGCAGAUCGCCCGGUUCCUGGGCAAGGAGGUGGCUGAGAGCAUGGUGGAGAAGAUCAUCCACCACACCUCCUUCCAGGAGAUGAAGAAAAACCCCGCCGCUAACUACGAGACCCUGCUGGACCGGCUGAUGGACCACAGCCUGUCGCCCUUCGUGCGGGAAGGGAUCACCGGGGACUGGAAAAACCACUUCACGGUGGCCCAGAACAAGCGCUUCAACAAGCACUACAAAGAGCAGAUGAAGGAUUCUGACCUCUGCUUCCGCAUGGAGAUAUGA